GUGUGAGCCAUGACGUCUAAUGCAGUGGGAACAGUUCUGAAAACCAUCUGUAUCUCGGCAGUAAAGAUUCUCGGAAACAAAACCAGAACUUUUCGGUGAAAAUAUCUUUGUUUUGGUUUUAAUGAUUGGCAACAAUAUUUUUUUCCCGCUUUUUAAAUUAAAAGAUUCCGAGAAUUCUUACUGCAGUAGUAUAUUUAUAUAUUUGUUAAAUAAUAUUAUUUUAAUUAUGUGACAAUAUAAUAAUCUUAUAUUAAAUUUUAUAUAAGCACUUUCUUUAUGAUGGAUAAUGCUAAUGAACUUGCUCCUUUUGUGCCCGGUGACUUACUAUGGGCGAAGAUAGGCUCUCACCCAUUUUGGCCUUGUAUGGUUGGUUAUGAUCCAAUUAAUGGAAACUAUACUAAAUUAUCUAAGAUUGGCCCUAGAGAAUAUACAAUUUAUCAUGUACAAUUUUUUGGAGAGAAACCUCUUCGUGGUUGGACUGCUCAAAAAAUCUUUCCAUAUGAAGGCAUUGAUAAGUUUUAUGAGAAAUUUAAUGUGUGUAAUAAAUCAAAAGGAGAUCAGUCCGAAAGAAAAGGCCCUGAGGCUUUGAAAAAUGGAAACAGGGUUAAAGGCUACAUGAUGAAAAGCUGGGAUAUUGCUGUCAAAGAAGCUGAAGAAGCAUUUGAAAUAAAAGAUAAAACAGAGAGGUUUUCAACUUAUGUGUUUAAUUAUGAUACUCUUAAGAGGAAAAUUCCAAAAGGUAAUCAGCAAAAUGGGUUCAGUCAGAUUAUUCCUGAAAAAGUUAAAACUUCUGAAAUCCCUGAGGUUCAUAAAGCUAAGAAAGUUAAGGUAUCAAAUGAACAAGAUAGUGAUAAAGGAAUUUGUGUUCUGUGCAUCAAAUCAGAUCCUAACAUUUCUUGCCGUGGCUGCCAGAAAGAAUUUCAUCUAAGUUGUUUGGGUUUACUUUCAGCUAAUGGAUUUGAAUGUGCAGAAUGUAAAUCAGGUGUUCGUACUUGCUUUUCAUGUGAGAAGUCUGAUGAAGCUGUUAUCAAGUGUGGACAUCCUAAAUGUUUUAAAUAUUAUCAUCCUGAUUGCCUAAAACAACUACCAGGUAGUUAUGAAAAGAACCAAGUCUGUCCCUUGCAUACUUGUUUAACAUGCUAUACUGAAGAUCAUAGGAAUCUCGCUGCUCGUAAAGGAAGUUUGAUUACUUGUUUUAAGUGUCCGUCUGCCUUUCACGCACGUGAGUCCUGCAUACCAGCUGGCUGUGUUGAAUUAAUUACCAAUGCCAUAAUAUUAUGUCCUUUUCACUUUGUGCUGGAAAGAAAAAAUUCUAAGCGAUCUGCACUUAUUAAUGUCAAUAAUUGUGUGUCAUGUAGUGAAGGGGGUGAUCUGGUGUGUUGUGAUGCUUGCCCUAAUGCAUAUCAUAGAACUUGCUUGGAUGGCGAUGUGCCUGAAGGAAAAUUCUUAUGUGAAUAUUGCUUAAAAAAGAGUCAUUUCUAUUAUUCCAUGAUAGUAUUUUGCAAGUUGGGGAAUCAUAGUUGGUGGCCAUCACAGAUAGUACACCCAUCUAAGCUUCCAGAUAAUAUUAAGAACUACUCACAUAGUGACGGUGAUUUCCCGGUGAAAUUUUUUGGAACUCAUGAUUAUUGUUGGUCAAAUCGUGGCCGUGUAAUAGCAUAUGAAGAACACCACAAGACUUAUAGACAAGUGACUCAAGGGAAAAAUAAAAUCAAGUACAAAGAAGCUUUACUUGAAGCAGGAGUAGAAUUUGAUUUAUAUAGAGCUUACAAACAAUCCGUCAGCCCUUGUAAUGACAUGCCACCAUCAUACAAAAGUAUUAAGGUGAACAGACUUUCGAAAACCUUCCCAGUUGUCUCAGCUAAAGAAAUAGAUGUAGUUCAAUGUUUCUGUAAAAGUACUGAUUCAAAUCCAUGUGGCACAAAUGACUGCAUAAAUAGAUCUGUACUAAUGGAAUGUGUUCCAAAAAACUGCCUAGCUGGUGAUUUGUGCCAAAAUCAGCGAUUUCAAAAAAGACAGUACAAAAAAACUAAAAUAAUUAAAACUAAUUCACGAGGUUGGGGGUUAGCAGCUACAGAAAAUAUUCAAAAAGGUGAUUUUGUUAUGGAAUAUGUAGGGGAAAUCAUUUCACAUGAUGAAUAUCGUAAACGAUCCGGUGAACUGCAAGCACAAAAGAGCUCUGAUUUCUAUUUUUUAUACUUGGAUAAUAGAAGAAUGAUAGAUGCCAGACCCAUGGGAAAUUAUGCACGUUUUAUCAAUCACUCUUGUGAUCCUAAUUGCAUUAUGGAAAAAUGGGAAGUUUGUGGUGACUCCAGGGUUGGAAUAUUUGCCCUGAAAGAGAUUAGUCCUGGGGAAGAACUCACAUUCGACUAUCAGUCGGAGAAAUAUGACAUACUGCAAGUGUGUUACUGCAAUUCUAUUAACUGCAGAGGAGUAAUAGGAAAAAAAAAAAUUUUGAAAUCAGCGACAAGUUUAUCGAAAUCAGCUACCAAGAAAGCAAACAAGAAGUCAGUGUCAUCUCAUCAAGAACAUUCUUCCUUGCAAAUGAGGCUUCCUGGGAUCGAAGGUCAAUGCCGUCCAUCAAAAAACAAUUUCUCAUCUUCCACAGUGAAAAAUAAUGUGACUUCAGUGCCAAGUGCGGAUUAUUCCUAUGAAUCUCUAAAUGAACCUGUUAGUAGUACUUGUGACUCUGCAGACCAACCAAAUUCAUCUAUUGCACAAAAAUCAUCUGUAUCUUUGUCAUUGGUACCAAUUUCUUCAUUGCAAGCAACAGCUCUGCCUACAACUUUAGGUUUCAAAAAAAGUCUAUUUCCACAUCAGAUAUCGCACACAGACAAUAAUUCUAAAUCAUCAAGAAAUUGCCAUUUACCUGCAAUACCUUCAUCCUCAUUACCUGUUACAGAAUCUCCUGUGUGUGUUAAGUUUCCUACUGGUGUAAGGCGAACAGAAGCUCAUUUAAUUUUAACGCCUGAAAACUCUCUUCCAUUUCCUUAUAUAAAGAAUUGGAUUUCAAAUUUAGAUUUUUUAAAGAGAAUUAUUCAACGCGAUAAAAAUGAUAAAAAUCGUUAUAUAAUAGAUGUAGGGGGUACACAUGGACAUGUAAGUGUGCAUAUUGAGGACCUUGCGCUAUUUUUUGAUGGCUUUAGAUCAACAGGAAAUAAACUAGGUACAUUAAAUUAUGCAAGAGACAUACUGUCCUCAAUAAUACUAGAAUCAAGAAAAUGUGAUUCCUCAGACAAUUUUUGCUUUAUUUGCAAAUGUUCAACUGAUUUACUGACCUGUGAUAAAGAAGACUGCAAUCGAGCUUAUCAUCUUUUGUGCCUUGGUCUUUCUUCUAUACCAGAUGAUACUUGGCAUUGCCCACGUCACAAAUGCAGAGUUUGUGAAGAGGAACCUGCAUUCUUCUGUUUUUCAUGUCCAACCUCAUUUUGCAAGCGUUGCCUGCAGAGAAGAAUCGUACCUACAGAUUUCUUCUGCCAAACUUGUGAUCUAAAGAACAAGAAAUUAAAAAGAGACCGUAACAGUAAAGAGUAAACUGCUAUCAGUUAUUUAUACUUGAAGUAUUAAAAUUUUUAGUAUUACUUGAUAAUUCUGUUUGCAUGAAAACUGUUGAGUUUUAAGAAAUUGUUCAUUUCAUAUUGAUUAAAAUUAUGAUCACUAUAAAUUAAUUCAUUAUCUAUAUUUAGUAACUUAAAAAAACAGUAACUUUGGUGAUGUUCGUUUGUUGCAUUGCAGUUUUGUUGUUAAUUUGUUACUUUGCAUGUCUUUAACUAACGCAUAGCUGAUGAAUAAGUAAUUUUUAUGUAAAUAGUUUUUUUAAUGAAAAUAAUAUUUUGUUUAAGAUUUAAAUUCCAUUGUUUUCAAGUU